CCAGGUUGUGUUGAUUCUGUAUUGAUGACCGCCGUUGGGAACUGAUGCUCUUGCCUUUGACCCGAAUCCAUGUGUAUAGCCGGGUGCACGGUAUAAGCUGUCGAGUGAAUGCCACUUAUUCUCAUCGAAGCUUCUCGGGGCAUCAUGGAGCACCGGAUUACUAUGACAUACUAGGCGUGAGGAAAACGGCCACUCGGGUGGAGAUCAACAUGGCGUAUAAAAAACUGGCAAAGCGAUACCAUCCCGAUAUGACUGGUGGAGAUCAUGCCUUCACAGAGAAGUUCCGCCAAGUGACUCGAGCUUAUAAUGUACUGCACAACCCCACCACUAGAAAGGAAUACGACACUAGGAUGCAACAAGGGCCAGCGGGGUAUCACCACACGUACCAUCGGCAAUCACCACAUCAUGAGCAGUAUAGUGGACGAUCGAGGGGAGCCAACGAGGAGGAGACUAUGGAUGAGAAGAAGGCCCGAUGGAUGCGGGAGGCUAGGCCUAUGUCGGGCUUCCAAAUAUUCACCCUCUGGGCAUUCAUAUUUGCAGUGCCCUUCUUUGCGUUACGGUCGCUUCAUCGAAGGGCACAUCCUCACGAUCCUGACUACUGGAAUGGUAUGCCCAGUGAUGGUAACCCCUACAGCGGUAUGGGACCACCCACCAGGCCUCCCACGGACCCUGCGGCGAGGAAAGACCUAGUGCGUGCGUUUUGGAACCCCAUAACUGAGAGGUGGGAGUGGCUGGGGGAGGUUUUCGAUCCACCCUCGGCUAGCCAACUCCUCGGGUGGAUCAACGCGAUACAGCCGAACUAUUUUGAAGCGAAACUCAGGGAAGGGAAAGCGGUGAUGCCGCUGAGGGCAUCGACUGAUAUCAAGGUGGGGUAUGUCCCGUUGGAGUGCACAGAGCUGCCCCCUAUGGUGCGGACUAGGCCCACAGGUCAUUGUGAGAGAUGGGACGCCAAUAAGCAGCAAAUAUACGAAGCCGCAACUGAGGGGGCUCGUCGAACGGCGGCCUACUAUAGACAGCAAGCUUUUGGUCGUCCUGGUUACCCUGCUCAUCCGGGGUAUCACCAAGGCUACGGUGGUCCGUCACCAGGGCCACCCUUCAUACAGCGCAGUGUUGUUGGCGGUGAUGGCAUGGCCCAGCCCUAUCCUAUGGAGACUCAUAGUCCCUCGGCCCCUCCUCCUCCACCGUCUCCCCCUGCUGUUGUGUUCUAACGU